AUGGGAUCGAGUUUAACCCCCAUUUUUGUGCCUUUCUGUGGCAGAUUCUUCAUCUUCCUUUUAGUGGUAGCGCUUGCCUCUGUUACCUCCUCCAAAGCUGCCAUUCGACAGGGCGCUGAAUUUAAACUCGAAGAUACAUCGGAAGGAUCAACCGAAGGUUUCGGAAUUGAAAUUGAAACACUUAGCGAACUCGAGGAAUUUGGUGGUAAGUUCUUUGAAAAAAAUUACUUAUUAAUAAUAUCCACGAGAUCUUUGUAAAUGACUUAGUUACAGUAAUUAAUGAAUGAUCCGGUGUUGUAGGGGAAUUUUUGGUUGUCUUAUUCUUACUGCGUUUUUUAGUUAACUACCUUCCCUAACCUGUAGGUAAUAACGCACUGGAAGUAUUUUUUUUUAUUUCAGUGAGUAAUGUGUCUGGCUUUUUGAAACUUGCCUAUUUGACCCUUUUCACAAAUCCGUCACUUGUCGCCAUUCCUAGCAAUUAACGAUUAUUUUUUCGGGCGCAAACUUCGCAGCUAGGAUUUAAAUGCAUGCGAUUGGUUUAUAAAUGCGGUAUUUACUCCUCUUCACCGUUGCUCACCACGCGAUGCGUGAAAUAUGGAGUUUUAAUCACCAAUAACUUUGCAUUUUUCUGAAAUAUUUCGUGAAUAUGUUUGGUGAAUAGUUUAUUUUUUUUCGAUUAAAUACUCACAAUUUGGCAAAGUGAUUGCCGUUCGGAACUCUUUGACCAGUGCUUAAGUGGGGGGAUCACUGAUAAGCCAUAGGGAAUCCCACUGACUUUCUACACUUCAUCAAGCUUAGAUUACUAUUGCGGUUGUGAAUGAAUUGCUCAAUGACAAAAACGAACUGGCGUGGCCGCAAAGGAUAAAAUAAAGGUUGUUACGCAUUCCUUAGAAACGCUUCACUGUUCAGUGUAUGUUGGCACCUCCGAGGUCUUGAGCCUUAGUCGAUUGUCACAUUCUUUUGUCUUUAACCUCCGUAUUGGAAGUACGACAAUCGUUAUUUCCCAAUCAAUGAUCCACGCAACUUCAGUAGGCGACCUAAGCCCUUACAAACCAAAUGUGAUCUCACUUUGUAAUUAAGGGUUGAUUUUUAACGAAAGGCGUCUUUCUUAGGAGAGAGAAACUGUUUUCAAAACUAGCCUCCGGGAAUUGACCAUUUAAUCCUUAAAAUGGCUCAAAAUAGCCAAGAUGUUAAGAAUGCAUUCAAGUGAGUUGACUUGUACACUUACAACCAAAUUUCUCGCCAAACUGAGUCUAGUUUUUCAAGUUCUACACAUCAACAACUUUCGUACCAAAACGCAGGAGAGACAGAAAGUAGAGGGCCGCAAAGAUCAUAAAGUUAGCGUAGGUUUUGCACAAUUGACUGACCCUUUGUGAACUAGAUAUCUUCUUUAAAUUAAAUUGCUUAAUGACAGACGAGUGAGGUAAUCUGUUUUGUUCCAUCACUACACCAGAUACGAGAGUGAAAAUAUGCUCAUAGUUGAGAAACUCGCACCAGGCAAUGCCACUUUAUCGCAAGGCGCAGAAAUGUAGAAAGUACUUCACUUUGCCAAAAACCUUUGUCGGCGAAGUGUGAAAAUUUGCACCCAUUUAAUGGGAUUAACAUAGUGUCCUUCAUUGCUUUUGUUGAAAACACGCUCGAGAAUAAUCACACAGUGUAAAUAUUUUCAUGAAAUCACUUUUUGCCAAAAGCGUUUGAACUGUGAACGGGGCUGCGGCGUUAUGCUUUAUGAUUGUUCGACUUCAGCCAAAUUUAGCAUGAUUUCAAAUCUGUCACACCUUUAAAUAUAGAAUAAAUUUUAACGCACAUUUCAAGCUCGAGAUACGUAUAGUUUGCUGAGAAAUUCCUUAGUGAGGAAGAUUAAAUUAAAAAAUGUUUUCUUUGUUAAUAUAACAGAAAUCAGACGAUGGGACUCUUUCUUUGUUGUUGUUUUUGUCGUGUUUUGAACGCCCAGACGUUUCGUCUACCGUAAGCAGCUGAAAUAACAGAACAUGUUUCACUCAAAGUUAUUAGCUGAGUUCUUGCGCGGGAUCUCAUUGGCUACAGCAAAUUUCGCAACUGUAAUAACUCAAUGAAACGCUUUGCAUGUAGGAGUAUGUUGAUAAGAUCAAGAUUGAAUCGAUUAUCGACUCGUUCAACUGUACUCCCUCGGCAUUAAACACUCGAAUAUUUAAAUGUUAAAACACGAACUUUUCAUGCCUUUAGUCAAAUUGUAUUUAUUUUGUUUGAUGCGUCACACGACGAAGCGCCAAUGAAAGUGUUCUUUCGUUCUUGUGCUGGAUUGCUUUGGUUCCCCUGACUAAAAUACGCAAUAAAUCGUUUCUCGAGAGAAUUCUCCAGACUGCACCGCUCGUUAAUAAUGGUCGUUGUUGAAAACAGCUUGUCACAUUUGCGAUAGAGUUAUGACUCAAGAUAUAUCUUAUACUAUUAUGUGUUCGUUGUCAGAGAAUAUUUUGAAAGGUGAGGGGGUUUAAGAUUUUAUCAAUUUGUAUCAUCAGAGGGAUAUGAGGCACUUUGUCCAGCACCCUUUUUUCUCGGGCCUCUAGGUCCACUCUGGUUCGUGUUGAACCUUCAACAGGAACACUUUGUUUGAGACAAAGAACAUUUUUUCCCCUCCCCCGUAGGCCUCUAGGUCUUCAUGGCCACCCCUAAAGAUUUUGGUUCGUGUUGAACCUUCAACGGAUCUGAACAGUCCGGAGGAUGAGUCGAGACAUCAACUUACGCUAUCAAUGCGAGGGCGUAACUGGGGGGGAUUGGUUACCAUAACCCCCCUCCUUUGCAGGCCUUUUUUCUUUUAAGGAAACAACCCACAAUAUUCAGGUGGCGAAAACUGGCGAGCACCCUCCGUUUGACACAGUGUGAUCCCCCUUUGAAAAAUUAUGGCUACACCCCUGCCUGUGUGGGCAAAAUUGCCUUGAUAUUAAAUUACCAAGGAUUCAAAUUUUUACCAAAGAGAGAAGCGAGAAUCCCUACUGAUGUUUAAGAUUGGCAAGGAUUGCAGACGACCACCUUGAAGAAUUUAGGAAGAGUCUCACCAUUUAAGGUGGUCGUCUGCUGUCCUUGUUCUUAAUCCUUAGGGAUUCUUACUCGUCUUUUUGGUAUAUUCUUGGCAGUUUGUUAGGUUUAGGUCCAUCUUACCAAAAUAGAUAUUUUACGACGAGUGAUCAUGGUAUCAUUGUGCGCCGCUUAAAAUUACCAAUAUCCUCUAAAGCUGGUUCUGUUUAAAAUUUGGAAAUCCAGUUUUUGUGAAUGAUAAAUUUUGAAUAACCAUUCAAUUUCUUUAAGAUGCAGUGUUUACGUCCCAGGUAACGGGAUAAGUUGCACUUGUUAUCCACUGAUCUGCAGACACUUUCCAUCUUCAUUCUACUUAUCUACUUAUGACGGUAAUGAGAUUCUUUCUGGAAGCACAAUGUUCAUAGCGGUAUGAGAUAAUAGUCAUUAAUAUCCCAUUUGUCAUUCAGUUGCUCGGUCAUCGUUAAUGGAAAAGAUGAGGUCCAUAGGGGAGAUCUUACAUAAAUAAACGCUAAAAUUCUAAUGAAUGAAAUUCUAAAGAGGUCGACGGCGAGUAGACUUUAGUUUGGAGGAAUACAUCCUGUUUUUUUUUUUUUUUCGCUAUGAUGUCACUUUUAAGCCAUAAAACCGCUUAUCCAAUUUUCUUCAUCGAGUAUCAAAAUGAUACUUUCGUGAUCGGCAAGAAUGCAUUGCACGAUGCCAUAUUUCUAGGGAGUGGUCUGGUAUCAAGUGGUUCUUAUGAGAUAAUGUUAUUAUUUAGGAAGUGGUUUGUGGAAAACGCCUUGAAAUGAAAUGUGUUUUGAAAUUAACUAGACAGACGAGACCUCUGUGUUAAGUCAAAAUAUUUUGACUUAACGCAUAUUUUACCCACACCCCUUAGACUGGGCAGAUAACAAAUAAUACUGAGACUUUUUGAUAAAGGUCCUGCCGAAUAUUUUCAUCGCUUAUGAGAUAAGCUGUAUGCAACAACGUAGUUUGUCUACGAACAAUAAAUCGGACGAAUCUUUCGAAAAACAAACAAGCUAUUGUGAGGUGGGGUCUGGGAAACGAAAAAAAAUUCUCUAAAUAAAAAUGGCGGAUAUUUUACUCACGUAUCGUGCUGUAUUCCAAACGCGAUAACUACAGCUAGUUAAGUUUACUUGGUUUUGGUUUAUGAAGGGACUUGUGUCUCAGUAGAGUAUCAUUUUUUAAAAGAACGUGUUGGGUUAUUUCAGAUGUACUUCAUUCAAGUCUAAAGAGCUCACUCAGCCUUCGUUGGUUAUGCCCAGAAUCGAACACUUGUGUCAAAAAUGGGACACAAGCGUCCAAAGUCAGACCUUUGUGACUAAAAUCAAGGACUGGUGUCAAAAAUCGGACAACUUUAUCCGAAUUUGGACACUACUGUCCAAUUUUAGACACUAAUGUUCGAUUUGAAAUACUUGUGUCCGAUUUGGGACACCAUUGUCCAAUAGAAGACAGUAGUGUUCAUUUUUAGAAACUAGUGUCCGAAUUUAGACACUAGUGUCCGAUUUUGGACACUGGUGUCCUGAUCUUAGAUAUUAAUGACUGAUUUUCAACUCCAGUGUCCGAUUUUAGACACUUGUGUCCGAUUUUGGGCACUGGUGUCCGAUUUUAAAGAUACGUGUCUGAUUUCAGACUUUUUUGUCCGAUUUUGGACAAAAGUGUUCGAUAUUGGACACGAGUUUCCGAUUUUGGACACAAGUUUCCUAUUUUUGACGCUAGUGUUCAAAUUUGGAAAUUGGUGCCCGUUUUUAGAAAGUGAUGUCUGAAUUUAGGCGUAAAUGUCCGAUUUUGGACACUUGUGCCUGAUUUGGGAUACUGGUGUACGAUUUUGAACAAUAGUGUCCGAUUUUGGACACAAGUAACCAAUGUUAUACAUUGUUAAUUUUUUGUCUGAUUUUAGACAUUGAUGUCCGACGUUACACUUAAGUGUCCGAUUUUGGACACUAGUGUCCGGUGUCCGAUUUCUGGUCGUAGUGUCUGAUUUCGAACAUCGCUGGUCGAUUUUAGAUUCUAGUGUCUGAGUUUGGACAAAAGUGCCUGAUUUUAGACACAAACAGUCCGAUUUUAGACACGAGUGUCUGGUUUUUGUUGGUACGGUCCAAUUAUUUGACACAAGUGACUGAUUUAGACAUCAGUGUCCGAUUUUGGACACAGGUAACUGAUAUUGGAGAUUAGUGUCCGAUUUUAGACAUUAUUGCCCGAUUUUGGACACAAGUGUCCGAUGUUGGUCACAUGUGUCGAUAUAAGACACUAAUGUCCGACUUUCGACACUAGUGUCUAAUCGUCUAGUGUCUACUAUUUUCUAAUUUGGAAGCUUAUUUCUGUUUUAAGAAAAUAGAGUCUGAUUUUAGGCACUAGUCUCCGAUUUUGGACGCUAGCGUCCGAUUUUCGAUACUGUUGCCACCAUGUGGAAGAUAAUUAAAAGUGUCAGGGUGGUCACGCUGCGCUAAAUCUGUACGUGGUUAUUUUGAGCCAACUCAUUCAAUAACUACCCAGCCUGUUGCGAGUUUCCUGCUGCUUCAUUCUCUUUGGAUACAAUGGCUUACGAAUGAAGAUGUUAUUUGCAACCAAGUGACUCGAAAGGCGUGAGAAGUCCUUACGAAGUGUUCGGGUGUUAUAAUCUUAUCUGAUGUUAAAGUGCUUUAGUUUUUGUGGAUGUUACAGUUCACCCUUUCAUAGCAAUAAUAAUAAUAAUAAUAAUAAUAAUAAAAGAUUUAUACCGCGCCAGUAUCCUACUGUUCAAAGGCGCCUACAAGAAAAAAAACUUAAACAUUAACACUUAAGACAGCUAAUAUUAAUUAUAAAAGGCUUUUCUAAAGAGUAAAGUUUUUAAUCUACGUUUAAAAACAGACACAGACUGAGCAUUUCUAAUUUCACUUGGCAAAGCAUUCCAUAAUGAUGGUGCUGCUACAGAAAAGGAUCUUGCGCCAUAUGUUUUCAAGUUAUAGGAUGGAGAAACCAGAAGGUGCUUGAAUGAUGAGCGUAGUUGACGCGAUGGGGUGUAAGAUGUAAGCAGAUCACAAAUGUACGACGGUGCCAGGUUGUUAAGUGCCUUGUAGGUUAUAAGUAAAAUCUUAAAAAUAAUACGUUGGUUAACGGGAAGCCAAUGAAGAUUGAAAAGAACAGGCGUGAUGUGAUCAUGUUUUUUUGUAAGUGUGACGAGGCGCGCCGCGGCAUUUUGAACGUGUUGUAGCCUUUUUUUUAUAGCGUAGGCUGGUAGGCCAUACAAAAAGGGAAUUACAGUAAUCCAGCUUCGAAGAUACAAACAUAUGAACCAGCAAUUCAGUAGUGGUCGCUGAAAGAUAUUUCCUGAUAUAGCUAAUAUUUCGCAAAUGAUAAAAUGAAGAUUUACAAAUGUCAGUAAUAUGAUCCUUAAAGCAAAAAUGGCUGUCGAACAUAGUGCCGAUAUUCCUCGCCUUUUGCACGGAAGGAAUAGUCUCACCAGCAACUGAAAUUUCGUGAAGGAGUGGUCUUGGAAGAUGUUUAGCGGAAAUUACCAAUAAUUCAGUUUUGUCUUUAUUUAAUUUAAGACGAUUAACCAUCAUCCAAUGACUGAUUUCAUCCACACAGCUCUCGAUGCUAGAAACCGCUAGAUCCCUAUCACCCAGUACGGUUGGUUGGAAAGACAAGUAAAGCUGUGAGUCGUCAGCAUAAAAAUGAUAGCUCAGGUUAAAUUUCUUUACGAUAUCUGAAAGCGGUGAAGUAUAAAGCAAAUACAAAAUGGGUCCCAAAACCGAUCCUUGUGGCACUCCACAUUUAAGGUCAUGUUUCGUCGAAGUACCACCAUCAACAGAGACAUAUUGCGUGCGAUUCGAUAAAUAAGAUUGCAACCAUAAUAGAGGCUUCCCAGCUAUCCCAAACCGUACACGUAAACGAGAGAGGAGGAUGGUAUGAUCGACUGUAUCGAAGGCAGCGGAAAGGUCUAACAACAGCAAAAUUACGAUUCGACGAUUAUCAAUGGCAGAAAGAAUAUCAUUGUGAACACGAAUAAGUGCAGUUUCAGCACUGUGAUAUUUCUUGUACGCCGACUGGAAUGUCUCAUUUAACUCAUAAUCGUUAAUGUAGGAGAUAAGUUGAUUAGCUACCAAUUUUUCAAUUGCUUUGCUAAUAAAUGAAAGAUUCGAUACCGGACGAUAAUUGCAGAAUUGAGUAUGAUCCAAAGAAGAUUUCUUAAGGAGCGGGCGUAACAUUGCAACCUUGAGUUGCGAAGGCAUCUGACCAGAUUCCAAUGAGAUAUUUAUGAUUUUGGAAAUGAAAGGCAACAGAACACUAAGUGCAUUUCUUGUAACAUAACCAGGAAGAGGAUCAAGAGCACAUGACUUAGCAGCCAGAUUCAUGAUACAUGUAUGAACUUCAUCCGCUGUUACCAUUUUGAAAAUAUCAAAAGAAUGUGGACAGGCGUUGUCAACAACAGCAACUGUAUCUCGAUGAGGGAAAGCAGCAGUCGUUAUAUGACCCCGUAUUCUAUCUAUCUUUGUAGUGAAGUACUUAAUAAACUUGUUAGCAAGAUCAGUGGGCGAUUUGCAGGGGGGAUAUUGAAUAUCUGUUUUCCUUUGUAGUAGUUUAUCAAUUAUCUUAAAAAGCUGUUUAUAAUUUGACUGAUUCUCAUUGAUUAAUGAUGCGAAAUAAUUCUUCUUGGAAUCACGAAUUAAGUUGUUGACAGCAUCACAUCCCUCAAUAAACAACUUACGAUCAGAAGGAAGUUUUGUCAUUCGCCAGCGUCGUUCAAGUUUUCUACGGAUCUCUUUAAAUUAUUUAUCUCCUCAGAAUACCAAGGUGCAGCGGGACGCAAAGUAACUAACUUUUUUUUGCAGUGGAGCAUGAGUCUCAAGUAUGGUAGUAAGGACUCUGUUAUAUUGAUCAAUCAAAUAAUCCAAGGAUGACGAUGACGAGGCAAAAAGAUCAGGAAGGCUCGAAUUCAUAACAUCAGCACAGAAAUUAUCAAAAUCAAUAGAUCGAAGCUUUCUGAAUGAAAUAAUCUUCUUGUCGAGCGGCGGCUUAUUAAGCGAGAGCUGGAAGUGAACAGCAGCAUGAUCAGAGAUGACAAAAGGAGAACCAAUUGUCAAAUUUGAAACAAUACUAUCAUCAGAUCUUGUAAUCACAAGAUCUAAGGUGUGUCGAUCUUUAUGCGUUGAGCCAUGUGUAUGUUGAGUAAGAUUGAAAGAAUCCAACAAUUGAAGAAAUUCAGUUGAGUGUUGGGAAGAACAGGUGUCAACAUGUAUAUUAAAAUCACCAACUAAUAAUAUUCCACCGGGAUCAGCGAUAUAGUGCUCCAGGAACGUAGAAAACUCAUCAAGGAACAAUGAGGGUGUUAAACCAUUCAAGGUCGAGGGAGGUGGGCGAUAAACAAUAAUAACUCUGAGUUUUAAACCGACUGUACUUGACAAUAACAAAUCCAUAUAUUCAAAGGACAAAAACUUCUUGAGCGGCUGCAACUUUAAGUUGAAAGAUGAUCGAAAUAAUAAGCCAACUCCUCCUCCACGAGUAGAACCAGGUCUAGGAACAUGAUGAAAUGAAUAACCUGAAGGACAUAAAUCACGAAUAAUUAAUUCAUUGUCAGCAUCUGAUUGAAGCCAUGUUUCUGUCAAGCCAAGAAGAUCAAUAUUAUUUUCGACGACAAAGUCCUUGAUGAUAGUAGUCUUGUUGUUAAUUGAACGAGCAUUUAGCAAGCAAAAAUUCACGAAGCGAGCCCUUGGUGUGUAGCUUUUAAUCGGGUUAGGAGUAAGUUCAAUUAAAUUUCUAAGAUUCGAUCCAACAGGAGUCUUCAUCAUGCAUGUAAAUCGUGAAGAAUUUAAUCGACAGCCUUGGGGUGAGACCAAAGCUCGAAUAUAAUUCAAGCGCCGCCGCUUUUCUUGAACUAUUUUUCCCGCUCUGCAACCUCUAAACUUUCUUUGACAAUUUUUGCCCAGAGGAAGUAAACUACAUGGGAGAUUCCAGUUGUAGCAGAAGCUCUGAGUACGACGAACAAAAGGCACUAAUGGAGAAGUGUGUUGUAAAUUGUGAUUAAGCCAAUUCAUCGAUUUCGUUGCAGUCGAAAACGCAGAGAACUCAUAUCCCAGAUAGGCGUUUUGUUCUUUAUGUAUCCCCACCAUCCGAGGGGAUGUUGGACCAGGAUUAGAUUCAACGUCCACGAAGAUAGUAAGGUCAAAUUUUGUAGGCAGACCAAGCGUCAAGUGACCACGUUUGCACCAAGUACAAAUCGAGCGCCUAAGUUUGUUUCUUCCAUCCACCAAUCUAACUGCGCGAGGAGGACCAUGACAUCUCAGCAAUAAAGUAAGAGGACUCUCAUAAACCGAAAAAUUGAUAAAUGAUGAUCGAAAGAGAGUAGGAAAACAAAUAAAAAAACCUAAUAUGAUGAGAACAAAGUAACACGUUGCAGCCAUCUUGGGCGCAUACAUAGCAAUGUGUGGAAGCUUCGUAUCAUACCACUAGCCCCUUCCCUGACGUAAUGAAAAUGUUGCCCUCAACUACAAUCGACUAAUCACAUGCGUAAAAAAUUUAAGCGUAAGCCUUUCCCGGAUCGUUCGAGUCUGUAAUUGAGAGAACCUAACCUGGGUUAAUUUUUCGCGCGGUUCUUGAAUGUAAAAGCUUGCGACGGACAUGAAAACAUACGGGCACAACCGAACAAACCGAAAACUGCUUGAUAUCCAAAAAGGCCAGUGACACCCUAGUGUUUUAUUCAGGAGCACUAUAGCACUAUACAAAUUGUGCACAGAUUUUCCUGUUACCUUGUAAUAUAAUAAUAAACUGUUUUUUUUUUAUAUUGUUCAGAUGGCCUUAUGAAACCAGAUUUGUGCUUUUUCAUUCAUCAAGAAAAUGGUAGUUACACGUGGACGUGUGAAGACAGAGGUCAGUAUCUGAACUAAUGUUUUAAUUAUGUAAGCUACCUUAGACAUUCCGAAACGACACUGAUGCAGAGUUCCAGGUUAACGGCCACACACUGGGUAUCGCGACCUCCAUACCAUUCAAGCCUUUGGGUCAAUUUUCUUUAGUUCUUAUUUAUUUAUUUAUUUAUUUAUUUAUUUAUUUAUUUAUCAGUGAUAUGUAUGCAGGCUGGCCCAGUUAAGCUUCAAGUUGCUUUGAAUGGGCUCUUGAGAUCAAACGAUAAGUCAUUAGCCAAGUUGACCGACGCACAUAAUUUUUCUUUAUUUUUGGCUUAAAAAUGUCUUCCUUCCAAUCUACGUAUCCGAUUAGCUCUUACCUUCUACAAUUAUGCAGUUUGCUACCUCAUUCUCAUGGCCAACUGCACUAAAUAUAGUACCAAUAACGCGGGAAUCGAGUACAAAUGUCUCGCGAUGUUGUACGGUUAUUUGGACAGAUGGUUAUCUUGUACUGUAAAACAACCUGUUUGAAAAGCAUAGUUUUGAUUGUGCAAAAAGCUGCCCUAAGAAAAUUCAAACGAUAUCUGUCAGAUUUCGAACAGUGAUUUGUCACAGCGUGCCCUCAUUAGUAACAGCGAUCUUAUUAGUAAUUCACGUUACUGUCUUCCAUACAGUUCUUGUGGUGUUAGUUUGGAGCAUUUGGUGUUGGAUCCACUAAUAAUCCCCUAAUUGAUAUUUUUCUUUUUUCUCAUCACUUGCAUGCAUGAUAUUGUAUUGAUAUUGUAAGAAGAAAUUUUGCCUUGGUCACUCAUGGGUUAAGUUUUCUUUUCGAGAGGAGUGUCUUGCCCCUUUCAACCCCAGUUUGUAUUUGUCCUUACACCUUUAACUCCUAAGAUUCAGUUAGUAACUAUCCCUACUUUCUACUAUACUUUUACUUGUAAAUUAGACAAGAGAAUUUAGUCUUAUUCCAAAAUAGAACCGUCGAGCUGAUAAGCUUGUCUGUUCUCUUAAUCUUUGUACAAGAUAACUCAUCAGAACUGCAACGAGAAUUUAUAUCAUCUCCAUUUAUAUCAUCAUUGCGCCUAAGUUACAUGUUAAUCAUUUCAAAAAAAUAAAGGAAUAAGCGCAUGUCCCGAGAUUCAACAUGCACAAGGUAUUCUCUUGCCAGGGUGGCUCCUUUUCGGUUUUACUCACGACGAUUUUAAACAAUUUUAUGGCAUGUUAUGAUCUAUGACUUGUGUUUCUUAUCUCGUUGAAGUGCCCUAUAGAGGCACAGUCCAUUAUCUUGACAGGCUUUUACUGCACCGGUUAAGAUAGGGACCACAUAGGAUGAUCAAGGUUCCUCUCUCGAUAGAGAUAACUGUUAUAUUUAUAAACCUUAACAAAACAAUAAGUUAUUCUUAUCAAUUAGUUGUCUUUAAUGCUAAAGAUGACCAUGAAAUCUUCAUUCCUCGGCAAAAUACACCGUGCACGAUAAGAGCCCCUUAUACAAGUAAAGGAAGCUGUUCUUGUAUUACUUUAAGCAUGAAUUAUCAUUAUUAUUUCAGGCGUAACAGGCCGAAAAGUUUUAGUUAUUUUAUCCAGGCUGUAUCACAAGUAUUCUUAUGGAAGAAGCAUUCACUAAUUGUUUAAGCAAACGCUUAAACACGAAUUCGAUGCCAUGAGUUUCGAUGGUCUCAACAAGUGUAAGGCUUGGCAGAGCCGGGGGGUGUGAAGGGAAAUAGGGAUGGGACCCCUAAAAGAACGAUACAGCAGCCUGGUGUUUCCUCAAAUUUCAAGCAUGACGGUAGAAUAGAUCGCCUCACCCCUCUCCCCUUACUCUACUCACCUAGUAUACACGCAGGGCUGAAAUAGACAAGACCUGAUUCCUAGGGUUGCGUAGAUAUCUUGAAGUGUUCUCACUUCUCGUGCCUCAAGAGAAAUGUAGAUAUUGGCUAGGCGUUGGAUAAUCUGAGCGUUUCAACUGUUCACUCGCAGCACUGAGUAGUGAUGACUUUAGCCAAUAAUUUCUACCUUUGAAACACAAAGACGGCUUUUAAUUUAUUUUUACCCGGGUUAUUUUCUGCCAACUGUCAUCAAAUUGGCUGUCAGUCAGUUCAUUACCUUUCUAAUAGCAGCGGUAGAUUGACCUUGAGACAGGGUAACUUGCAGUUGACGAGAGCUGCUUGUACAGAAUAGCAUUUCAACUCAUCACCAGCUUAAUUAACUCCGCCGAGAAAAUUCCACACCCAAACAAAAGGGUUUUGUCGGCUUGCAAAGGGUCUGAAAAAGCCACAUAUUUUAGCUUCAGGUUUUUUUACCUUUUGUUUUGUUUUAUGUUGUUUAUUUGUAUAUUCUCUUGUCCUCUUCCUACGUGUUUGACCUAUGAGGGUUAGUUAUAUCGUGCCUUUUCCCCUACAGAAACUUAUACUUCUAUUCUAUCUCGCAAAAUUGAAGUUAAUCCCUUAUCGCACGCAAGGUCUAUAAGUAUCACGUAUUCCAGCUCAUUUAACAGCCACUGCAAACGUUAAGUCUCGCUUGGAAAAACACGACACAUUCCCAAGAGCAAACUAACUAAAAGAUGUUGACAAAAAUUGCGUUAACAAGGUCGGUAUCCAAAACCGACCUCCCGUAAUGCGACAUUCCUGUCCCAUAUUAGUUUACGUUAUUUUAUAUUUUGCCGUAGAUAACGACGAUUCAUCAAUUUUCCUUUUGCAAACAUUCACUGAUAAGUUUAGCAAGAGCACAGCUAUGAAAGGAUUUUUUAGAGAUAAGAUGUUUAGACUCACCUGGUAAUGGCAUCCAAUCGCUUCCUUUGAGGCAGACCUUUUUUCGUUAAUCCAACACUUGUUUUCGCUCCCUUCAUGUUUCCGGCUUUUGGAUAAAGGAGACUUACCCCAUGUUUAAGAAGCAAAGUUUCUUGCGAAUUUUAGCCUGAAAUCUGUGGAUGGCAGAUUUCUUUUAAGAGUGAACUUUCUCACAUUUAAAAAGAUAACAAUCUUGCGGUUGUGGUCGCCUCUCUAUUGACACGGAUAUUUUUUGCACGCGUAUUUUUCUACUGAAUUUCUGAUCAACUUUUCAUCAAUUCUUUUUUAUUCCUAGUGAUAUUUCAAAUGCCACACCUUCAAUAAAGUAUUAAGCUUUUUGAAAUUUACCUUAAGUCUAGACAAGAAAAUUUAAUUUCCUGAGGUCUUCUUACAUUUUUGAGUAAGUUCUUUAUCUGCUGUAGCAAACAGGUCUGAAACAUUUGAUAGUGAGAUAUAUGGCUAGAGGAACCGAUGGUUUUACCACAACGCAGUGUCAUGAUUUGGCCAAUGUAGUCAUAGAGGGUUCAAGUUUUCAAAGUUUUCAGACAUUGAUAGAUAUGAAGAUUAAUCGAACUGUUCGCAUGUAAUUGUCAGAGGGGAGUAGCGACCUUAUUGAGGUAUCGAAUGUCAGUGUCAUUGUGUUUUACUUGCCCUUUUCGUGCCCCAAGUAACAACCACUCACUCGAGCCCUCACCUGUAUUUACUGAGCUCUGGUAUGGAACAGUGAUCCAAAACUGCAACAUGAAAAAUGAGGCCUGGGGUGCGAAGAGAUGAAUCUUUAACCCGUUUGGUUUCUUUGGUCAUAUCAAGUUGUGUUUGGUGUUGUACAAUGCUUCUUAAUGCUCAACCUUUGGUACAAGCUCGACCGCAGGUUCUCGGGCGAUAUAAACGUGAGUCAGUGGAUUCCUUUUAUAAAAGUAAUAAUUGUUUUAUCACUCAAAGUUAUGAAAGUAGCAGGUGAUAUCCUCAUCCUGGUAAGUUAGAGCUUUAAGCUACAAAGCACUUCCUCGACAUUUUUUCUCACUUUUAUUUGGAAAAGAAAGAUGCGUAAACUGUUGCCAAGGAUUCACAGUCAGUUGAUAUCAUCCAUAUUCACCCAAGCAUAAGUCCGAAAUAAAUGUUUACAGGGAUUUUCUGCUAAGCUAAGAGUAUUACAUUCUAUAUGACAACGUUCAUGGCAGCUUGAGAGAAAACGCUAGAACUCUUAAAAGUAUCAGUUGAUAUCGCUGGUAUUUACCUAAACUUACGUCCUACUGUUAUUUUUUCAUCUCUUUGAUGUCUUGCUGGGUUUGAAACUUUUCAUUUAUCAUCUUUGUAAAUGAAUCUUCUUAAAUAUUAUCGAUUUUUUUUUCGCCGACCGGAAGUUUGGCACAAUUUUUAGGUUAGGUUGUUAGCACAAUAUCAUAGAAAAAGUAAUUAUCGCAGUUAUCAGUUGUUUGAAAUGAUUCCGUGAAAUUUAUGUCGAAUAUUGAUAGACGGGCUCAGAACUGAGUUCAACUUGAGGAAUUUAAAUCAUCAUUGAGGUUGCCUCAAUAUAGUGAGAAAAGGUCGCAUACGUGUGCGUUAUCUCUUAAGCUUAUUAAAUAAGUCGUUCGUGAAUUCAUGGCGGUAUCAAGUAUGCCAAGCAACUUUGACUUGCGCUGAAUGCGACAAAUUAGAUUAGCGUCCACAUAACACACACAGGCACACACAUAACAGGUAAUAUUUCAAUAUAAAAUCAACGUGUUAGAGUGAUUUUCAACCUUAUCGGUAUUUUUGAAUGCAGUAAUGAUUAUCUUUGCAGAAAUCCAGAAUACUUUAGAUAUGCAGCCUAAUCGUUGGACACAAUGAUUUACUUGUUAGUAAACUUGUUUAUUAGCUGUUUUAGAAUGCCGUUUGCAGGUAGCCGUUCAAUGUGAUAAACGCUGCGUUUUCAGCUUCUUUAUGUUGUAGUUAUCAGCUAUAACACUUAUUGUGAAAAUGAGUUUCCUUUUUCUUAGAAUUAUGAAAGCCAUAUGUUGUGUAUGUCAAGCGGAAGACAGUAGGGUCGACUUCGUAGAGGGCCGGUCACGGUUCAUGCUACUGUAUUCCUUUAGUUGUAAUCCGUUGCAAUUUACUGCAGCAUCCUUGUUUCUUCCUGGUUUGUUAUUUCCUCUUUUGUGUUCUUCCACCUCACUAAACUAAUACAGUUUUGUGGACUAAUAUUCUGAAGCUCCCUUUGAGCUGAAGGUAGGUUUGCACGUAACACAGAAUGUCUGCCAAUGCAUUUAAUACAUCACUUCGCUUAAGAAAUGUUUAUGUUUCCGAUGUUUUCUUUGUUGAGGCCGUUUUCGCAAAAUUUUUUAAAAACAAUUCAAACAAGAGCUAAACAGAUCAUCUUUUAAUCAUAUCUGUGACUCUUAUUUAAAUUGCUUAAAUAAAUUGCUAGUAGUCUAGUUCCCGGAACUAGAUUAUUGGAAACUGAUUUCUUUAUUAUAAAGAAAUAAGUUUCCAGUAAUCCCGCGUGUCAAUCGGUUAUUAUAAGGAGGAAAACAGAAUAUGACAUAGUCUUCUUUUGAAUGACACUCGCCUGAAUUACGCUCAGAUGGAAUUUACAAAAAUGCACCUUAAUGCGUUAACGUUCUUUUCCAACUUGAUCUGCUCAGUAAACCGAUUAAACCAAACCUGAGUGAGCAUGUACCAGCCUUAGUUUCCUGUGGGAAGAUUUGGAUAAUAAGAUAUCCUUUGGGAGAGAAUUUAGCCAGAAUAACUGCCUUGAGACAUGCAUACUAAGCUUAGUUUAUAUUUCAGUGAAUUCACUUGUUUAUAAAAGGAUCGAAUCUUAAAGAUGAGCAACCCGAAUUCUGCUCGACCAGGCUUUUCCAUUUCUGGCAACAUUUGUUCUGGCUUGAAUUCAAAAGUGUUGGCGUUUUCUUGGCUGACAUCUUUUUAUACUCUUGGUUAAGUCAGUAUGGAGCCAUGAAAACUUACACUUUCUGGGCGUAUUUCGUUGAUCCAAUAGUUGGUUAAUCCCACAUUGAACGAACACACCCGAGCAAAUUCAUGCAAGGCAAACACACAGGUGUAAUUUCUAAGAAUCACAGAAUAAUGAUGUAGUUUCGUCAGAGCUCUGUUAUAGUCCUGAAAGGGAUGACAACUGAAUGAACCUACGUAAAGGUCAAGGAACUGAAAGGUAUUCCUUGGUGAGUAGAGAACCGUUACGAUGGCGGUCUCUGUUUGUCCCUCGCUACAUUCCUGCGGUAAAAAUGGAUGGGCACUCUGUUGAGUGGAAAGAUCUCUUAGGAUAGACAGCUUGUCUCUUUACGGAAAAAAAAUCAAGUGAUCUCAAGUCAAAGGUGAAAUCACAAGAGUUUUGUUUUAUAACAUCUGUCCGUCUGGUCAGAAAAAGUUAAAUUAAAAUCCUUUGUUUAACUUUGUUGGUGGGUUAAAUGGACAUGUAAAUUAUGUAAGACAUCUAAGGACUGAUGAAAAUUGCCCUAUUCACGGUUGUCCUAUCCACUUUCCAACCAAAAAAAAUGAUCUUCAGUAGGUCACUCUUACAGGAAGAUACGAACUGAAGGACUCGGACUUGGAAAGCACAUUGUAAUGAUCAUUGUAGAAGAAUGUACAACGAUUUGAACUUCCUUUAACUGAAGACAUGUUCCUUUUAGUCAAGACUUUUUUAAGCGAAGAACAAUAUUUUCGUGACUUAUCUUAGAAUAAAUGAAACUGUAGUACAGGAAACGGUUACCAGAACUUGUCAGCACCCCUUUAAGAUGACUACAUUUAGAUCUCCGUUUUAAAAUCCUUCCGAAUGUUAUUUUGAGAAGGAAAGUAGACUAAAGCCACUCAGUAUUGAAAAUCCAUUCAGGAUUUUUAGCUACUCUGGAUUUUAAGCCACUGAGGGACAACAGACUCGUCAGUUGUUCCUUGAAGUCAUCCAACGACUAUUACUCCAUUAAGAUAAUUGGUUGUUUGAAACUAUAUCGUACUCACACCAUGACAUCUUUCGUCUUUUCGUUUUACCUCAAUAGUAAACCGACCGACAGAAAAAUACAAAGAAAAUCUUAUAAAAACCAAUAAAUUUUUUCACCCAUAUAACAUAAGGUAAUUAUAACACGGCAACAAUUAAACAGCACAGCCUAGAAUACAUCACCUUAAGCCCAAUACUGAGCUCAACUUCGGUCACCGCUGACACAAAUUGCCAGUGAACAUGCUAUCUUCACAUCUCUUCUAUCACCGUUGACUGUAAACAAACCUCUAUUGUGGACUACAGUAGCUCUCCAUAGCUUAUGCAAACAGUCGGCCUCUACUGACAACUACUACCAGCUACUUCUAGGCGAAUGAGUCCUUGUAAAACAUUCCCAACGUAUUCUAGAGGUCCGGGAGACUUAAAAAAGAUAGCUUUUCUGUAACAAUUACAUCUUAAAAUCAGAAAAUUCCCGCAUCUAUAUUGUGCGAUUGAAAAGCGAAGAUUAGGUUAAGAUUAAGCUUUUAAUAGCUUUCCAGAAAAUUCUUUAUUUAUUGUUACACUCUACUAAAUGACUGAUAGAACAUUACUUAAGAUUAAUGUGGCCCUAUAGACUGCCUUAGAGAUUUGAUAAGGCACACGCAAUAUCUUGCCCACGUUAGUCUGAGGGGUCCGGUUUCCCUUUGGUUGAGAUGCCGGCCCGCAAAUAGCUACUUCCGGUAUUUCAAUGACCUCCUUGAUUCUGGGUGGAGAUCCAAAAAGGCUCCGUGAGGACCAUUGCUUUACCCCCAUCAGGGUGACAUACGAUUUAGUCGAGGCAAUGUGUAGAGUAGUUAGUUGUAGCUUUGUUGUUUGCUGGCGUAGAAAAACAUCGUAGAUGGGAGAAUAAAAAAGAGAAUUGUUGUCAAAAGUGAAGAAUAACACAGACUGUAAAUGAUGCGCUCAAUAAAACCCACACUGACUUGUUUGAACGUAUUGCAGGUUAUCCCGACAACAACCUUAAAGACGUUGACUUACUCGGGACAAUAGGAAACCCACUUCCGAUUGGUGUAUCGCUCACGAAAGGACCUUACACGAAACCAGCAUUUCACUUUCGGUCUGGAGCGAAUGUUGGACGUUUCGCCCGCUACAUUUUUCCAAAGGGAUUUUUUAAAGAAUUUUCAAUCAGUGUUGUAAUUCGCCCAAAAUCUGCUGAACGUGGGGUGGUAUUUGCUCUUUUGCCGCAUAUCCGAGGAAAUGUCAUUUUGGGACUUGAGAUUCACAGAGACUCCUUUUCUGAAGGGACUACAAUAAGUUUGAUUCACGCAAACAACGGAAAUACGAGAACUGUUUUUGAUUUUACCGUCCCUAGCCUGACUGGCAAAUGGACUUGGCUCUCUUUUAGUAUUAGAAAUAAUGGCGUCACGUUUUACAAAGACUGUAGAGAAGUUGACACUAAGUUUUUACCUACGGCUCUGGGUAACUUCACCCUUCCACGCAACAGUGCUUUGUACAUUGGUAGAGCUGGAUGGACUCCGGGGGCAUCGUCAAGUGCUUUUCAGGUGAGCAUGCCAUGCUUGGAUGGGCAGGAAAGUGUUAGUUCUGUGAUAGCGCGCAUAACGCGCAUAAGUACGUCGGACACGGUAUUAAGUUUCCAAACCUUUAGACAACAGAAAUUGACGUAACAACAAAUUCUGAAUGAAAAAAGCUGCCAUUGGCUUUCCUAGGGAAAAAGCAUUUUUGCACAAAUUAGUCUUCUUAACCCUUUAACACCUAAGAGUUACUAACAUCUUAUUCCUCCAGAUAAUAUAUAUCACCCUUAGAUCACACGUGAAGGUCACGGGAAUAGAGGAAAUGAUCACUAUCAAAGUAGCUCUUAGUUCCUCAAGAAAUGUUUCCUUGUCAGCACCUUAGGAAAUGUAUAGGGGAAAAUAUGGAAGUUAUGCAUGUUGAUGUUAGGUGUAAAGGGUUAAAUAUAUAUUUUUUCGUCCUCAGGGAGAUAUAGCAGAACUGUCCAUGCACCGUGACCCCAACAAGGCCCAGCAUCAGGAGUGCAAGGCA